UAAAAUACGUGUUCCGUUCACUCUAACUUAUAAUUAUGUCUGGUCGCGGUAAAGGUGGUAAAGUAAAGGGAAAGUCAAAGACCCGUUCAAGUCGUGCUGGUCUUCAAUUCCCAGUGGGUCGUAUCCAUCGUAUGUUACGCAAAGGCAACUACGCUGAACGUGUUGGUGCUGGUGCUCCAGUGUACUUAGCAGCUGUUAUGGAAUACCUUGCCGCUGAAGUACUCGAGUUAGCAGGUAACGCUGCUCGUGACAACAAGAAGACUCGUAUCAUCCCACGUCAUCUCCAACUGGCCAUCCGUAACGAUGAAGAGUUAAAUAAACUUCUUUCUGGAGUUACCAUCGCUCAAGGUGGAGUUCUGCCCAACAUCCAAGCUGUCUUAUUGCCCAAGAAAACCGAAAAAAGCAGUUCUUAAAUUACUAUCCCAUCUCUACAUAAACAAAACGGCCCUUUUCAGGGCCACCAAAUUUUUCAAAACGUACGAAAUUCUUUAGUUAUUAAAUUCUCGUCAUUUGAUGCAAAUAUUACUUACGUAAAAUUUCAAUUGUUGAUAUGAAAAUGAUAAAUAAUAUUCAACUUUAGUAUCCUAACUGUCUUUUUGCUGACGCGUCCAUUAUUCUAUUCUAGGUCAUUAAUUCUAUAAAAAGUCGAAUUCCAUUAACUUUGAUAGUCGUUCUACAGAGGAACAGAAAUUUCCUAGAAAUUCAAACUUAUUGAAUGCUCCUUCUUUGAAGAGUACACUAGACGCAUGCGCGCUUUUACAUCUAUGUGAAUUAUGCAGAUACCCACUGACACAUACGACACUAUGGGUGCGUUCCACUUGACGUUCACAACGCCACGCUCACAUGUAUUUAGAUGGGAUUUUGAGCGUUGUGUACGCUUAUUAGAACGCACCCUUUAGCAUCUCGUUCUGAAAGACAAGAUUGAGGGGAAGUUCGGACCUAAUGGAAACUCGACUGUAUUCAUAGUGAUAUUUUUUUAGUGCUGUAGUAGUCGACAUUUAGAUAUACUCUCUGAAGAGUUAAUUGCAACUUUUACUUUAAUAUAAAUAGUCCUACUAUACUUUUCGGCGAUUAUUGCGCAUGUGUAGCAGAAACUUAAACCAAAAAUGAUGUUGCCUACUGGAAAGCGUAAUCCAAGCGGUGAUUAACUGAACUGUUUACGCCUGCGCAAGAGACAUUUUUUUCUUGGUUUGUUUGGCAUAUACGUCAUACCACAUCAUACACAUAGAAACUAAUGAGGUGUUUUCAAAUUUGUUCUUCAAAAAGCUAGCUAUGCUUGUAUGAAUAAAUAUGGAAACGUAUAAACAAUAUAUAUCCUAUUAAAGAUAAACACAGUGCAAUGUUUUAUUACGGGAGCACUGAUCUGCAAUGUUAAUAUAAAACAACAAUGUAUUGU